CGGCUCAUAUGUCAAUCAACUACAUACAUUCAACAAACAUACUAGUCUUACAAUAACUUUACAAUGGAACUGUUAAAUUAUUUGAUAUUGUUAGUUGUGUUAAAUUUGUGUCCCGCUGCCGUUGCUAGGAAAGGUAGUCAAAGCAACCAUCAGCUCCUACAAAGACUUGAAAAUCUUGAGAGCUCUCAGAGAUUUAAUACCAACAAAAUAACUAGACUUGAACACGAUUUUAACGCACAGACUAGUACUAUAGAGGAACAAAAGAAAGCAAUCCACCACUUAGAAGGAACAGUGCGUCAACUUACCGCUACACUUGAUAGAACAAACCGUCUUGCUCGGAGAAAUCGGCGAAAAUACUCGUCAAUUAGAAGUUUUAUACUUAAUAAAGGUUUGAAAGAAUGGACUGACAUGAAUACAAAGAAUAAUCAAAAGAGCCAGCUUUCAUCAAGUCAUAAUCACAAAAAAAGCAACGACAAUCACCACAAGGCUUAUAAGAACCAUGAUAAAGAAUUGAUCGCAUCAAAUAUCAAUCUGCAUGGACAAUAUUCUAAAAAUCGUAAAUCAAACAAAUCAAGUUAUCAUCAACACAAUCAGCACCAAACUGAAAGCUUAAGUACAAUUAAUAAUAGAAAUAACAACAAAACCAGUGGUGGGCAUUCUUACCAUCAUAAUCACCAUGUCAAUCACAAAUCAAACAAAACAAAUACGCACCAUAACUCUAAUCAUCAACACCACAAGUCUGACGACUCUAGCAGUCACGGUCAAUCUCGUAAACAGAAUCACAGAAUGGACUCCAAUAAACAUACCGGCCAUUCCAACCACAGAAAUCAAAACAAAAACAGUCAUGAUCAUAAAGUGAACGGUCACAUAGGCAAAGAAACACACCAUAUUAAAACGUCUACGAACGCACAUGCCAACAAAAGUAAGACAUUGGUUUCAAAUGGACCAUUGCUGAGUGGAUCAAACUCAGCUUACCGCCAUGCAAGUCAUUCCAAACACACCAACGUUACCGAAAUAAAUUCCAAUGAUUUUGAGGACACACACGGCAGUCGUAUUGAUCACGAACAACAGAAGAAACCAGACUUCUCUAACCGCAAAAAUCACGAUGAAAACCAAAAAACACGACAUUUGAAAUCAAAUGAAACGCCAGAGCGGCGAAGGAAUUUGGUGUCCCCAAGACAGUCAUUCGGUGGAAUAGCAUUUUCUGUCUAUCUGGACCAUGAUGCCACCAUUUCCCAACACGAGACGGUCAAAUUUAAUAAGAUAAUCACAAACGACGGAGGCGGAUAUAGUGCGCAAACUGGAGUUUUCACGUGCUCUGAAGGAGGGGUUUACAUGUUCACGUUUUCUAUUGGUCAAAGAGACCAGGAUCAUUACAUGUGGGCGGAACUUAUGGUAAACAGUAUGAACAUGAUAGAUGCGGUUGUUGAUACAUAUCACCCAUCCCAGGACCUACAGGGUGGUAAUACAGUAAUUGUUCGGCUCAAGCAAGGGGACCGAGUUUGGAUCGAUGCCACACAUAACGGUAGUCAUUUAGAAGGUAGUGGCAGCCUAAGACUUACCACGUUCUCUGGAUUGUUCCUUUAUGCUUAAUAUUUAUAUGUAUAUGCAUUUAUACAUUUUCAAUAAACCAUCUUUUCCUCUA